AUGGAGGCCACCAGCUUCUCGUCGCGCCGUGCGGCCGCGGGUUCCUUGCCCGCCUUUUCUCUUCCGCCCCCGACCUCAGAUGUCCCCAGAGCCAGCGACGGCCUCAGCCCCAGCCUGUCGAGCGUUCACACGGCCAGCUCCCAGGGCUCGCAGGCACACAGCACCAAUAUCCAGUACACCUACAGCGGCCCGGCGCAACAGCCGCUGGGACCCUCACCCUAUGGCGCCCGAUCCUCGGCCAUGUACGGCCAGCAGCCCCCCAUGGGCUACGCCAACCAGCGGAGCUCCCAGUCCCCUGCGACGGGGGGGGACGUUUUGCCGGCGCCAUCUUACGAGAGCGUGCAUCAACCGUUUAGCACCUCCAUGGCUGGUGGCGGCGGCGGCGGCGGCGGUGGCGGACCGGAGAGCCACCACCACCAUCACCACCACAUGUCUCCCGUCCAGGCUACACCCCACGCCGGCGCCAUGCUGGCGCCUCACAACUCCACGCAGCCUCCCACGCCCAGCGCGCCGGCGCCCGUUGACCCCUACGCUCACUCGAGACCCCCGAGCAACCCGAGCUACUAUGCCGCCUCGACCACGCCACAGCACUCGACGUUUCCCUCCAUGGGUCCGCCUCACGGCUCCUACAGGACCUUCGGUGCCUAUUCGCACAUGCCGCCGACGGUGAACGGGCCCGUCAUGUCCAACAUGCACCAUCCCGGCACUCAAAUGUCCGUCAUUUCCGGCAUGGGCAUGUCGACGUAUGCCCCUCAUCCCAUGAUGUACGGCCACCACAACCAGCCCCAGCCGCACUCGGAGCGCCCCUUCAAGUGCGACCAGUGCACCCAGUCGUUUAGUCGCAACCACGAUUUGAAGCGGCACAAGAGGAUCCACCUGGCCGUCAAGCCCUUUCCUUGCAACUUUUGCAGCAAAAGCUUCUCACGCAAGGACGCUCUCAAGAGACAUCGAUUAGUCAAAGGCUGCGAGAACAAGUCCAACGAGCACGGCGGCAGCUCAUGCAGGAAUGGGAACGGAGGACGAGGUUGUGCUAGUGGUAGUGGUAGUGGUGGUGGGUGA